AUUUCUCAACCACCAGAGCCCUUUGCACUCAGAUUCUCGUCGAACCUGAUGGUGGGAAUCGUUCGUGUCUACAACCAGCAGUACAACUUUUAUUACUCUGAUGUCAACAGCAUGUGGGUCCGUUUGAGACGGGAUCUGGCCGUAAUGCAGUCAGAGCAAGUAGACUUGGUGAACCCCAAAGCAAAGUAA